AUGGUUGGCAUUAAAGACAUAUUCAACCACGAUUUUUUUCUCAUUCGUUGUCGGUUCGAAGAAUUUUUUGAGACGAAAGAGAUAUUAGGAGUGAAAGAUCUCGCUGAGUGCCAGCUUCCUGGCACCAUUCCUGGGACCAAUCCUGGCAUCAUUCCUGGUACCAUUCCUGGCAUCAUUACUGGAACCAUUCCUGGCAUAAUUCCUGGUACCAUUCCUGGCAUCAUUACUGGAACCAUUCCUGGCAUCAUUCCUGGUACCAUUCCUGGCAUCAUUACUGGAACCAUUCCUGGCAUCAUUCCUGGUACCAUUCCUGGCAUCAUUCCUGGUACCAUUCCUGGCAUCAUUCCUGGUACCAUUCCUGGCAUCAUCACUGGGACCAUUUCUGGCAUCAUUCCUGGUACCAUUCCUGGGACCAUUCCUGGCAUCAUUACUGGGACCAUUCCUGGCAUCAUUCCUGGGACCAUUCCUGGCAUCAUUACUGGGACCAUUCCUGGCAUCAUUCCUGGGACCAUUCCUGGCAUCAUUCCUGGGACCAUUCCUGGCAUCAUUACUGGGACCAUUUCUGGCAUCAUUCCUGGGACCAUUCCUGGCAUCAUUCCUGGGACCAUUCCUGGCAUCAUUACUGGGACCAUUCCUGGCAUCAUUCCUGGGACCAUUCCUGGGACCAUUCCUGGCAUCAUUCCUGGGACCAUUCCUGGCAUCAUUACUGGGACCAUUCCUGGCAUCAUUCCUGGGACCAUUCCUGGCAUCAUUCCUGGGACCAUUCCUGGCAUCAUUCCUGGAACCAUUCCUGGCAUCAUUCCUGGGACCAUUCCUGGCAUCAUUCCUGGCAUCAUUCCUGGAACCAUUCCUAGUACCAUUCUUGGCAUCAUUCCUGGGACCAUUUCUGGCAUCAUUACUGGGACCAUUUCCGGGACUACUAUUGGGACUUUUACUGGGACCAUUCCUGGGACUAUUCCUAGCACCAUUCCAGGCAAAAUUCCUAAAACCAUCCAUGGGACCCAACACCACUGGAAUUCUGUCUGA